AGUACCGCCGCAAGAACCGUCUGGACAUUGCGCUUGCUACCAACUUUGAUCUCGCACUGGUCUUCUUGCCAGCCGCCGACAUUGCGCUCUACGUUGCUGAAGGCCGAGUGGACCUGGGCAUCACUGGUCGCGACAUGGUCCAAGAGUCGAACGUUGAUGUCCAAGAGCUGCUGCAACUUGGCUUUGGCAAGUGCAAGCUGUGCGUGCAGGCGCCAAUCAAGUCCAACAUUAAGAACCCCAAGGACUUGUGUGGAAAGCGUAUCGUGACGUCCUUCCCAACCCUCGCAGCCAAGUAUUUCAAGGAGCUCGACCCGACCAAAACGACCUCCAUCCACUACGUUUCCGGAUCCGUUGAGGCUGCGUGCGCUCUCGGCCUCGCCGAUGGCAUUGUCGAUCUUGUCGAAACCGGCGACACAAUGCGCGCCGCGGGCCUCGAGGUUGUCUCUGAGAUCAUGACGACUGAGGCGCUGCUCGUGGCCAACCCGCACACCGCUCACAAAGAACUCGUCGACACCUUCCGCAAGCGCAUUGCUGGCGCCCUGACUGCCGAGAGACACGUCAUGAUUGAGUAUAACGUGGAGCGUGCUCGUCUUGCUGAGGCUGUUAAGAUUACCCCCGGAAAGAAAUCGCCCACCUUGUCUCCCUUGGACGACGCCAACUGGGUUGCCGUCAAGUGCUUGAUUCUGCUGAGCGAGUCCAACACCAAGAUGGACCAGCUGGAGAAGAUUGGCGCUCGAGACAUUCUGAUCUACAACAUUCACAACUGCCGCGUUUCGAACGAGUGAAAUGUCGAUCCGCCCUCCUGUGCUUUUUAUUUUUUUCUGUUUGGUUGAUGAUGGAAAAGCUGUAAUGAAUGGUGUAGACCGUCCUGUUGUCCAAACUUGGUUUCUCGAC